AUUGUGUGUGUGUGUGAGUUUAUAUAAAUAAUAUUUAAUAAAAAAUAAUAAUAACAUUUUUCCCUCUUACUUUUCUAUCAUACAUCCAUUUCUUUCAUUUAUCUUUGGGUAAUAUAUGAAUAAUAAAUAAAUAGAUCGACUUUAUUUCCUUUUUCUUUUUUUUUCAAUCAUAUAAUCAGGUCAAGAAAUUUUCUUUUAAGAAAAUUAUAGAGAAAAACAGAAAAAAAGAAAUAUUCAAAAUAUAAAAAAAAGAUGAAAGUAUCAUAUAUAAUAUCAAUUUUAAUUUUAGCAGUAUAUAUAUUUGGCUCAAAUGCAAGCAAAAACCAUCACUAUUUAGAUGGACAAGCGAUUCCAUUCUAUGUAAAUAAUAUCGGACCAUAUUCAAAUCCAACAGAAACAUACGAAUUUUAUACACUUCCAUUUUGUAAACCUAAAGAUAUUUCUUAUAAAAAAACAAAACUUGGCGAAAUUCUUCAAGGUGAUGCCGCAGUUUUAUCAGACUACCAAUUUCCAUUUAAAAAGGAAUUCAAAGAUAAAUUACUUUGUGAAUAUACAUUAAAAAAAGAUGAUAUUCAAAAGUUCAAAGAGGCAAUUGGCGAAUAUUAUUAUGCCGAGAUGAUUUAUGAUGAUCUUCCAAUUUUUAGUUUUAUUGGUACAGUUGAUGAAACUGAUCCAAAGAAUCCAAAAUAUUAUUUAUAUCACCAUCUCCCAUUUGAAUUUGACUACAAUAAAGAUCAAAUAAUUAAAAUUAACAUUGAUACAGAGCAUAUUAAAGUUAUUGAACUUAGUGAUCAAGAGGAAAUUACAUUACAAUUAACAUACUCUGCUACAUGGCACGAAACAGACUUUCAAUUUUCAAAGAGAAUGGAACUUUAUGAAGAAUUCUUUCCAAAAGAAUUAGAAAUUCAUUGGCUUUCAGUAAUGAACUCAUUCUUCCUUGUUGUAUUAUUAACAGGUUUUUUAGCUAUUAUGAUUAUGAGAAUUUUAAAGAAUGAUUAUUCAAGAUACUCCAAAACUGAUGAAGAAGAAGAUUCUGAUUAUCAAGAGGAUUAUGGUUGGAAAUUAGUUCAUGGUGAUGUUUUCAGAUUCCCACCACAUAAAAAUAUUUUUUCAGCAUUUUAUGGUAUAGGUUGGCAAUUUAUUUGUAUAGUUAGUGGAAUUUUAGCACUUGCAUUAUUUGGUAUUUUCUAUCCAAACAAUGGUGGUAAUAUGUAUACAGCAGGUAUUGUAUUGUAUGCAUUGACAAGUUGUAUUUCAGGUUAUCAAUCAGCUAAAAUCUAUAAAAAUAUGGGUGGUACAAAAUGGGCAUGGAAUAUUGUAUUAACCGCCACACUUUUUGUUACCCCAUUAAUUAUGGUCGUAUUACUUUCAAACACUGUCGCAGUCACAUGGCACUCAACUGUAGCUUUACCGAUCGUUACCAUUAUUGAAGUACUUACCAUCUGGCUAUUAGUUGGUUUCCCAUUAACUGUUAUUGGUGGUAUUGCCGGUAGAAGAUUCUCUGGUAAUUUCGAUGCACCAUGUCGUACCAAAAACUUCCCAAGAGAAAUCCCACCAAUUCCAUGGUAUCGUCGUUUACCAUGCCAAAUUUUAAUGGCUGGUUUCUUACCAUUCUCUGCUAUUUAUAUUGAGUUGUUCUAUAUUUUCAAUAGUGUUUGGGGCCACUCUUCAUAUACUUUAUAUGGUAUUCUUUGCUUGGUUUUCAUCAUCCUCAUAAUUGUUACCGCCUGUAUUACCGUCGCUCUUACCUAUUUCCAACUUUCAAUGGAAGAUCAUAGAUGGUGGUGGGUUUCAUUUAUUAAUGGUGGUUCAACUGUUGUUUUCAUCUACCUUUACAGUAUCUACUACUACGUCUACAUCUCACAUAUGUAUGGUUUACUUCAAGCAACUUUCUACUUUACUUAUAUGUUAAUCGUUUGUUUCUUCUUCUUUAUUCUUCUUGGUACCGUUGGUUUUUACUCCUCAUUAAUAUUUGUUAAAAGAAUUUAUAAAAACUUAAAAUCAGAUUAAAAAUAAAUUACAAUAAAAGAUAAUAAUUUUAAAAUAAU